GCACAACAAACUCCUUGUGCCCUUCGCCCUCCUCCUCGUCGCUCAGCCACGCACAAGCGUCUCCUGCACAGCCUUCCAGAGCCUCCAGUCAGCCCCGCCGGUAAGAGGACCAAGGAACCUCAGCGUCUGCAUGGCUGAAGGAGCAUCGAAGUCCUGGGAGUUCUCGAGGUUUGCGCGUACAUGGCAGUUCUUCAAUGGCAACCCGCUACGAAACUUCAUCCCCUUCCUCCCUUCCUCUACCCCCAAGGUGAAACGCCCAGAAGCAGGCGUCACUGGACGUGAGAUGCUCCUCUGGGACUUCAAGGACAUGAACCAGGAAGGGCUGGAAAACAUUUGGGCAGCUCUUGAUGACGUUGUGAUGGGCGGAGUUAGUCUGAGCAACAUCAAACUCGCAGAGCAUGGCGCUACCUUCUCUGGUGAGACCUCCUCCAGGAACUCUGGAGGGUUCUGUUCCGUCAGGACGAGGAAUGUUGACCCUCCCUUUAACCUGGAGGGGUACAAGAGCUUGAGAAUGCGAGCGAGAUGCGACAAGGGCAUGCGGUACAAGGUGAUCCUCCGCGAUAAGGAGGGAUGGGACACGACUGCCUGGUGCUACUCGUUUGACACCAAGAGAGGGCAGUGGAUGGACGUCGAAGCCCCGCUGGACAAGUUCAUCCCUGUUGUGCGCGGGAGAACGCUGAGAAGCCCCUCCAAGGGGAUCGACCUGUCUAGGAUCUACUCAGUUCAGGUCAUGCUGAGCAAGUACGAGUACGACGGGGAGCUCAAUCCUAACUUCGAGGAGGGACGUUUUUGCUUCCAGUUCGGGCCGAUCAGAGCAGCCAAGUAGAUGAGAUUGCUAGUCCGUUCGUUGAAUUUGCAUGGCAAAUGAUUGCAACUUGGAAAGUGA